UGCUAGCGGUGUCGGUCAAAUCUUCAGUUUCCUCACUUGCCCAUAUUGACAUGGCGAGACAGGGAGUAGCAAAACACAAGGUCGUGUCAUCAGGUAGAUUGGCAGGAACUGGACGGGGACAGUUGAUCAAGAAAAAGGUAGGUGGAAAACAUGUGGUACCUCUUGAUCCAGCAUAUUCCCUUUACUCCACUGAUUCAGAAGAUCAGGUUACAACGUUGCACAAAGGUCUGGAUCGCUGUGCAGCUUUACUUAGUGACAUACUUCAAGCUGAAACAGCAGAAUCCAAGCCUAAACCACAAGUCUCAAAGAUGGCUUCUUCCAAAAGAAGAGUUUCGCUUGGCAAGCUAGAGGGAGAGAGAAAGCGGCUUGGAAAGAAGUCAAGCACGUUCACUCGCACAAACAAGAGACCAGCACCAGUGCAAAAGACAAUCCUACCUGCACGAUCAUACCCCGGUUUAGGAGGGCAGCCUCCCCCUGAAGUUAAUACAGUUACUGGGUCAGAAUUCAAGACAGAAGUAAAUCCAGUCACCCAAGUUCAACAAGUUCAAAAAUUUCCUACAGUGGGUGCAAUGCCUGGAAGCUCCAGCAGCCUUUCAGCAGCAGGCCCGCAGACCUCCACUGUGUUUAACUGUCGUCUGACCACAUCCACGCCUGCACUAAGCCCUCAGAGACCCACGUCAGCCUCCAGUCAAACGUCUCACUGUGGACCAAAUGGAGAGAGACAUCACUUCACUCAACAGUGGGCUAUAGCUGCUGGAACACCAUCCACCAAUCAGCAUACCUUACCAACCCAAUAUACAGCAUCAGUCUCUGUAUCACCAGCUGUCCACCAGAAGCCUGUGUCUACCUGUCAUCAGGUUUCUAUACAUCCAGAGGCAAAGGUGGAACACAGAAUCUCCACCCCCCCUUCAAUUGCACCUCAUGUAGGGUCAGCUGGACAGAACAACCCCCUGCAGUUACAUCAGCCUCCCCUUUUACCUAUUCAGACACCCAUGCAAACACCUGCCCCCACUCAUGCCCUGGUGCAUUUCAGCUCACAAGAGCAGCAGAUUUCAUCUGGGGAGUGCUGUUCAUCUUCAUCAGAGGAGAGUGGAGACUGCACCAGUGAGGACGAAGACCUGAACGGAGUAGACACCAUGCCAGUCAGAGACACCAGCUGUCAAACCAGCAUGGAAAAGCACAUUGUAAAGCUUAACAACAAAUCCAAACCAGCCAGUCCAGAAAAGACAGCCAGGAAAGUGAUGACGGUCAGAUAUCUGUUAGGAGAGCUGAAAGCCAUAGUAGCUAAUCAAGACAGUGAGGCAGUGCAUCUUAUCUCAGAGGUGGAGCAGAGUAUCUCCCUGCUACCUGCUAUGGUGGGCAGCACCAAUGUUCAAGCUGAGCUUGCCCUUGCACUGCAGCCACUCAGGAGUGAAAAUGUGCAGCUUCGAAGGCGUUUAAGAAUCCUGAAUCAGCAGUUACAGGAGCGUGAAAGAGCAGAAAGGCAGGCCAGACCAGUGGAUUGCAAUCUAGAAUUGGUUGCCCUGCAGUCGCUAAACCUUACACUUCAGGCUCAGUUGAACGACAGCCACAGAGAGCUGGGAAAUCUUCAGCAGGGGAACCAAAGAUUACGACUGGCUUUGGAGGGCAAAGAGAAGGAUCUGCAGCAAACCAAAGAGCGAUAUGAGUCAGAGACAAGUUGCAUACUCACAGAUGCAAGUGAGGCACUAGCUCAAAUGCGUAGUUGCCAGGCUAAACUGGAAGACUCUGAGAGGGAAAAGGUUGCAUUGGCACAGGUUCUCCAGCAGAAGGAGGCAGACAUCACGAGAUUACAAGAGCUCAUCAGAAAUCUUCAGAAAAGCCCUGUUUCCUUCCACCUGGCUCCUGAUGCCUCUGUACCCAGACCUCCUGCUCAGCUCACCAAGAAUGCUCUAGAUCAGUAUAAGAAUCAGCAAGAGGCUACUCUCACUGACCGGGUCUCAGAUUCUGUUAAAGCCUACCUGCAGACACUGAAUGACACAGAACACAAAACCCUACCCCACCAAUCUCAUAUUCAUUCCCAAAAACUGUUCCCCAUGUCUGCUGGCCAGUGGAGGGGUGGGCAGGAGAGCUGUAGUUUACAUGAGGUGAAAGUUAACCCACUAAAAAGUGUGGAAGUACAUGCAUCUAUACAGCACACUCAAGAAGUAGGACAAAGUAAAACUACUUUUGUUCCUUUGAGAGAGACUGUGACUGUGCAACCUGAAGCAGUAAGUACCCAGGAAGAACUACCCGUAAAACACAGUGAAGAGAAUCAGGAAGCAAACGGGCAUGCCGGACUCCGAUAUCUAGGCCUUGCUUUUGAAAAACUUGGUAUCUCAAAUGGAGUCUCUCAAGAUGUUGAAUCUUUGGAUGAUAGCAGACAUGGUGACCAUGUAAACCCACAACUAAAACGGACCAAAGACAGUUUGAUUAAUCUGUCAGAGGAAGUUCAGCGUGCUCGGCGAUGUUUGCAAAUGGGUGAAGCUUCAGUACUUACAGGAAGGCCAUCAGCUUUUGAGAAUACAUUUUCUUCUUGUGAUAUAAAAUCUAUAGCAUCAGACUGGAGUGUGAGCUCCUGCUCAACGUUUAACACACGAGACGAGCAAGAUUUUCGCAAUGGUUUAGCAGCGUUAGAUGCCAGCAUUGCCAGUCUACAGAAGACCCUAAAAGCAGACCUGAAGAAAUAAUAAGCAAAACGUAGUCCAGAGUUUGAGUGUCUGAUCCCUAUUCAUUACAUCUGUUUGUAAUCGUUUGUCGUAACUGCAUAUGUAAUUUUAGUGGGUAGAAAUCAGGUUAAAAAUACUAAGUAUUUAUUUACAAAUGUAUUUUAUGCUUUGUCCUUAGUGUUUUUAUAACUUAUUAUAUUAUUUGUAAUUGAAUAAAAAGCACAUUUUAAUUGUA